UUUUUAUUAUUAUUGUUGUUGUUGUUGUUGUUGUUGUUGUUGUUGUUGUUGUUGUUGUUGUUGUUGUUGUUGUUGUUGUUGUUGUUGUAAAUAGUAUAACUAGAGAAAAAGGAAGAUUGACAAAUAAAAAAAUAAAAUAAUAAUAAAAAUGAAAUAGAAAGAACAAAUAAAUAAAUAAAUGAAUGAAUGAAUGAAACAGUAUUUACAUAAAAAUAUUGGAAAUAAAUAACUAAAAAUAUUUAUAUGCAAACAUAUGAAUUAAAAACAGGUGAAUAGUACAUUGUGGUAAGCCGUCACUUCUGAAACAUGAUUUGUCGAUCCAGACUGUUUCAAUGUUUUUUUGCGUGCAAAUGGCUACUCGCAUCCAAGGAAGAGAGCAGAAUCUAACCAAUCAAAUUAAAAGUGUUCCGGUCCACUUUUUUGGAACGUAAAGCCGUGCUUAACUACGUAGUUUUUUGCUUUCAGGCUGGCAACGAAUCUUUUAAAGUGUGAAGAACUCAAGCGCGUAUGGGUGUGAUAAAAAAAUUAUUUGAGAAAAUGGUCCUCCUUUUUUUUAUAAGAACGAGCUUUUAAUUUUUAUAACCACAUUCUUUGUUUCAAUAAAAUGUACUUGAGAAAUGGAGGAAUUCAUUGCACUAGUUUCUAAUAUUUAUUUAUUUAUUCGUUUAUUUAUUUUUAAUUAUCGUAAUCUUCAUUGUUACUGUACUACGAGAGAACAGGAAAUAACGAUGUCUUUCUGGGUUCAAAUUGUUCUUAAGUUGUUCUUACUUUUGUCAAAAUUUUAGACUUUUUAUGUGUUUCCACAAAAUUGUAGUUGGACGUGGUAAAAAAAAUUCAUGGUUGAAUGAAUAAAAUGUUAACGUUUGACUGACUGAAUGAAUGAAUGAAUGAAUGAAUGAAUAAUUAAACGAAAGAAAGUAAAAACAAAGAAAGAAGAAGGAUGUUUGCAAAUUUUGUGCGUUGACAAUUAAAUUUUCUUUUUCCGCAUUUUGCUUUCGUUUGAGAAAAAAGAGAACCUAGCACAGUAUAAAACUUAUUUUAACGAAUUCAGCUGCCUUAUAUAUUUCUCUCACUAUUGUCUGAUGCUACACCACAUCUUGCAAUAGAAAACUUGCAGGUUAGAUUGCGAAACAAAAUGUUUGUUAGACCGUUUCCCUGGAAACUUGUUGGAAAAAAAUUCAUUUUAAAGUAAAUAAAGUUAAUUAUGGUGGCAUAUACAAGAAGUCAAUUUGAAAUCCACACAAGGUAAGGUUUUUGUCACAACAUUAAAGACACCGUGUGAAAUACAAAAAUUGAACAAUUUUUGUGCAAAUGAUUUGCGAUAUAAUAUCAUGUUGGUUUGGCGCAAAAUUAACACUUGUCAGAGAUUUCGAAAACGUUUUAACACGCAGCUAAUAUUUCUCCAGUUUUAUCGUGUUAAUUUGGUAAUAAUGAAAUCGCCUAUUUCUUCUUUUCACACAAAUUGCACCAGUAUGGCGUUGAUUAAGAGGCUAAACGAAUUAACAACGUUAACGAGAUAUAUGAAUUUAUAAGUUACUUUUUCACGCCGUGACCCUGUAUGGAAGCAUUUUAUAAUGCCUAUUGUAUCCUUUCUCGUCUCCAGGGAUUAAUGCUAUCAAAAAAGGCAAAAACCCUGGGGACGAGGGUGCUAUUGUGCAUACCUCACAAAGUAUGCAGUAUUUUCUUGUCAGAUUUUUUAUUACCAGUCGUUAGCCCAUAGAAAAAUCCACGGGUUCGCCCGUUUUUUUUAUACCGCAUUGCGUGCAUCCCGUUACUUGCACAGCUGAGCUACCAUUUUGCGUGACAGACAGACGUAUACGGGUAUUUUAAUAUAGAUUUUAUUUUAACAGUUACGACUUGUUGAUUGAUCCACUUACUAAAUAAAUAAAGAUAUAUAAAUAUUACUUUUAUUUGAACUUUGAAACAACGAGUGGUGUGAAUGGUCGGUAUUAAAACCGUUAGCGCCAUUAGCACGCAUUGGCUCGUGAUAACGUUGAAAACUCUGUCUAUAACACUGAUUCAACAUCUUUUAUACCAGUGCCUUUUCAUACCAGUGUUUUUUAAGCCGUAUUAUAAGUAGGGAAGGAUGGAUGAUUUCGCACCCCUCCAUAACUCUGCCAGACAAAUUAUUUCCCUUGACAAAAUAAAGUUAUGUUGCAUGUUUUGAAGCUCCUAUUAUCAAACUAAUAGAAGUGAUAAAUUUUUUCAAUCAUAAGGAUGUCAUAGGAUUUCGGUACUAAUAAAAUUCAGUAAGUUAUGCAACAUAGCAAAAAUGACAUUACAAAAAUAGAGUUGAGAUAUCAUGACUUCCACCGAUAACAUUUAACAAUGCCAUCAAUUCCAUUAACUUAUGCGUAUUGCGCAACCAUACUCUUAGGACUUCGAAGGUUUUUGUACUACCUGUAGCAAUAUCUAAAUUUAAGCUGCCCUAAAUAUUGAGGUUGCUUUUUACACUAUGACACGACGUUGAAUGCAAAUACAUAUUUUAUCAUGGAUGGUUUUCUUGCAUUUUUUAAUAAUUGACCGGCAUUUUUUCAUUUAAAUUAAGAUGCUUAGUGAGGACUUCUAAAUUUAGGGGAUAUAAGGGGUGGAGGAAGGAGGUGGGGUGGGUAGGUAAACAGCAAAUCCAUAAUUAAAUUGUCAAUUUGCGAUUUAUGUGUCAGUCUUUAAGAAACAUAAUAUUAUUAUUAACUUCAUUUAACAGAAAAUUCAUAACUUUCUCAAGCAAAAAAUAUUGUUUUACGACGCAUAAAAUAUUUUAUUUAACAUUGGCUUAAACAAAAAAUCUUCUGUAGCACAAAUAAAAAUAAAAAAUAAAAAUAAGAAUUACUGAGGUUGCUAAGGGGAGUGUAAUAAAUUCUUCAAAUUUAACUGAGCUCAUUUCAACUAGUGCUCAAACCUAAAUCGGAAUCAUUAAGUUUCCAUACAGAUGCUUCCUAGUCAGACAUAAUUCUUGUAUUCCAGAAUUUAUGUAAAGCAUGGUUUUUUUUAUCUAUUUGAUCAUGUAUAAGCGAUUUGUUGGAAAAGAAUGGAAGACUACCACUUCCCAAAUUAUUGGAGACUGGAAGUAAUAUAGAGCUGACUAAAACCAGGAAUCGCAAUUCGUAAAAACGUUGCAAUGUGGUAUGCAUCCUCGCCCCCAGGGUUUGUUGCCUGAUGUCAAAGGCGGCCUCGAUGUCAAAAGUCAAGAACCCCUGGGGACGAGGUUAUUUAGCGGGCGUUAUAGGAAUCACUUAAGCAUCAUUUUAAAUGAAACUUUUUUCUAAACAGCAGACACGUAACCUAAGUUUGGUGAAAUUUAUUGAUUCUUUUACCAUAUGUACAUUUCUUUUUGUUAUGAUUUUUUGCUUUAUUUGUGUUGCGAUUAAUAUCAUAGCAAACUUAUGUACAUAACUAACAUUUGCCUACUUUUAUUACUAGCAUGUGUGUAACAUACAUUUUUUUAAUAUUUAUGUGAAAAAGUACAAAACAUGGCGUUUAGUAAUCUAUCAGAUAUGGCGGAUGUUUCUUGGAGUCAAAACAACAACACUCAACUGUCGAAUAACCGGACAUGUGUGCUUAAUAUGGUGGAGACGUUUGUCAUCACAAGUUAUGUGGUUGUGUUUAUAGUUGGUUUUAUCGGUAACAGUAUAGUGGUGUUAACAUUUGCACCAAGUUGGAAAAAAGGACCGAUUAUAGAGUUGUUGAUUAUAUAUUUAGCUUUUUUUGAUCUAUUAGCGUCUAUAUUUGGCCCGUGGCUUUUUGUGUAUUGGAUAGCAACUUGCCAUAAGAAAUGGGAUUUCGGUUGGCUUGGUUGUAAAGUUUUACCGACACUCUGUCGAGUUUUUACCGACAUAUCUAUCGGUGUUAUCCUCACCAUGGCAAUCGAUCGCUGUAGAUCGAUAGUUACUCCACUUAGAAAUCGAUUUAGUCGUAAAUCGAUACAUAUAUCCGUGGGAAUUACCAUCGUUUUAUCAUGUAUAUGGGAGCUAUAUUACGUAUUUGGUUUGUUUAUUAAUGAAAAUGGUUUAUGCACAGUAAUGACUGUCAGCGACCCGCGGUUUUCAUACCCAUUGAUCGUGCUAACAGCGUGGCGAAACAUUGCAUUCGUUGUUAUCUUUAGCCUGACAACGUUAGCUGUGUACAUAAAGCUGAAAAGCUCCGCCGACCAAGUACUACUGCAGAACUCACAAGGUUACAACCAAAUUCACAGUCAGAGGUCACGUGUAAUGAAAAUGUUGGUUACCAUGGCAAUCGUGUUUGCAAUUACGGUCAUACCACGUGACAUUUUUCAUUUGACUUUCACGAUAUCAUGGAUGGACUCAGAUGGGUUGCCUUACACUUCUACUACUCACGAUAUAAACAGCAUCUUAAAACUUCUUCAAGUCAGCAAUAGUAUCUACAAUGUGUUUAUAUACGGUAAAAUGCACGAUCACUUCCUACAUAACUUAAGAGUCGUCAUAUGUCGUGUAAAAGGAGGCCGACAUCUCACUUACCGUACGACGAUUCGAAGAAAUAAACGACUUAAUUCAUCGACUAGCUCCGCAGCUAUUCGCCGACCAUCGUUUACUACAGAACUUGAUAAAAGAGAGAGAAUGCCGUCGACAGCGUUUCUCGGUCAAAAUCAAGGUGUUAUAGAGGAACAAUUUGAUACAGAACGAAUAGCCAUUUUGUAAAUUGAGACCUGAAAAUGACUUACCAUUUGCAUCUGUCAUGCAAACAUAUCUACCACGGAAACGUAUCAACCACAAAAACAUAUACAUCACACAAACAUAACUACCACACAAGCAUACCUAUCACACAAGCAUAACUACCACACAAGCAUAACUACUACACACACACAACUAUCACAGAAACAAAACUACCACAAAACAUAUUUACCGCUAAAAUAUAGCCGUUACAGAAACACAACUAUCACAGAUACAUAACUACCACAGAAACUUAUCUCUCACGAAAACAUGCCUGCCACUAAACUAUAACUGCCACUAAAACAUGUUUACCACAGAAACAUAGCUACCACCACGGAGGUAGAAACAUAUCUACCACAAAGAUAUAUCUACCGCAGAAACAAAUCUACCACAGAAACUAAAACAUAUCUGCCAUUAAAAUAUAUCUUUUACUAUAAUUUUUUACUUCUACAAAUCCUAACGAUUCAAUAAGCAGUGAUUAAGAGUAAUUAGGAUACAUUCUUGCAACUUCGUAACCAGGAAUAAGUAAUAUUUAAUUAAACUACUAUGCUUCGAAAUUAGCGUAUUUAUUGAUUAUAGAGAAAGCAAAUAUUGUAAAAGUAGUUAAGAGAUAUAAAUAUAAUGUAUAUAUUUAUCUAUAGUAUAUAUAUAUAAAUAAACUGCACCAAAUAUUUAGUUUUUAGUUAGCUACUCACAACGUUCAAUUAUUCUCAAUUCCACUCGUUUUUGUGUUAGCUUCAACCCCAGUUCUUCCGAAUUAUUAUUUACCUUC